CCCUCAGUGACCAGCCCUUGGUUCUGGGUUGCUGAGAGCCACGUGUACUUCCCUCUUUACCCAUCGCGGGAAGUGAGGGUGGAAUUUAAAGGGACCGCAGCUCCAUGCGUUUCUUCCCAACCGUUUUCUUAUUUGACUCUUAACGUUUUUACUUCUUAAUUCGCAAAUAGCCCACAUCGCCACCUUUUCUCUUUCCUUUUAGCGGAGUGAUCAAGACAGUAUUGCUGAGGGAGCUUGUUUUCUUGGACCGCAGCGGAGGGAGGAACCUGUAAGGGACACGUAGUUUAGAAGCUAGUGCUGACCAGGUGGACGCUGUACAGACUCAGGGGAGAGGGAAAAGGACUGAUACGGAUGUUAGGCCUCUCACCCCCAUCGAUAGACUCUCUCUCCAGUGUCAUCAGAUCAGAAAAUGUGUGUGUAAAAGCACCAACAUUUGAAAUAACGUCGGAAGAAAAGUUUGGCCUCGGUUUUUUUUUCCCCUCUAACGGAUAAUUUCGAGUCAGUUGCCUUGCAUGAGAGGUUUAGUACUGCAGAUCAGCAAGGAUGAUGUAACUGCUCUACACUGUAAAGUGGUAUGCCUUAUUCAAAAUGGAAGUUUCAAGGAAGCCUUGAAUGUCAUCAACACUCACACUAAAGUGUUAGCCAAUAAUUCUCUUUCCUUUGAGAAGGCAUAUUGUGAGUACAGGCUGAACAGAAUUGAGAAUGCCUUGAAGACCAUAGAAAGUGCCAAUCAGCAGACAGACAAACUAAAGGAGCUUUAUGGACAAGUGCUAUACCGGUUAGAACGCUAUGAUGAAUGCUUAGCAGUGUAUAGAGAUCUUGUCCGAAACUCCCAAGAUGAUUAUGAUGAGGAGAGAAAAACAAACCUUUCAGCAGUUGUUGCAGCACAAAGCAAUUGGGAAAAAGUGGUUCCAGAGAACUUGGGCCUCCAAGAAGGCACACAUGAACUAUGCUACAAUGCUGCAUGUGCACUGAUAGGACAAGGCCAUCUGAGCCAGGCAAUGAAAAUCCUACAAAAAGCUGAAGAUCUUUGCCGCCGUUCAUUAUCAGAAGAUUCUGAUGGGACUGAGGAAGACCCACAGGCAGAACUGGCCAUCAUUCAUGGGCAGAUGGCCUAUAUUCUGCAGCUUCAGGGUCGUACAGAGGAGGCGUUGCAACUUUACAAUCAGAUAAUAAAACUAAAGCCAACAGAUGUGGGAUUGCUGGCUGUGAUUGCAAAUAAUAUCAUUACUAUUAACAAGGACCAAAAUGUCUUUGACUCCAAGAAGAAGGUGAAAUUAACCAAUGCAGAAGGAGUAGAGUUUAAGCUUUCCAAGAAACAGCUGCAAGCUAUAGAAUUUAACAAAGCUUUGCUUGCUAUGUACACAAACCAGGCAGAACAGUGCCGCAAAAUAUCUGCCAGUUUACAGUCCCAAAGUCCUGAGCAUCUCCUGCCUGUAUUAAUCCAAGCUGCCCAGCUCUGCCGGGAAAAGCAGCACGUAAAAGCAAUAGAGCUGCUUCAGGAAUUCUCAGAUCAGCAUCCAGAAAAUGCAGCUGAAAUUAAGCUGACCAUGGCACAACUGAAAAUUUCCCAAGGUAAUAUAUCCAAAGCAUGUCUAAUAUUGAGAAGCAUAGAAGAGUUAAAACAUAAACCAGGCAUGGUAUCUGCAUUAGUGACUAUGUACAGCCAUGAGGAAGAUAUUGAUAGUGCCAUUGAGGUCUUCACGCAAGCUAUCCAGUGGUAUCAAAACCAUCAGCCCAAAUCUUCUGCUCAUUUGUCCUUGAUAAGAGAAGCUGCAAACUUCAAACUCAAAUAUGGGCGGAAAAAGGAGGCAAUUAGUGACCUAGAACAGCUAUGGAAACAAAAUCCAAAAGAUAUUCACACCCUGGCGCAGCUUAUUUCUGCUUACUCACUUGUAGAUCCUGAGAAGGCAAAAGCUCUUAGUAAACACCUGCCCUCGUCAGAUAGUAUGUCUCUGAAAGUAGAUGUCGAGGCUCUUGAAAAUUCUCCUGGUGCUACUUACAUUCGGAAAAAGGGUGGAAAAGUUGCUGGAGAUAGUCAACCAAAGGAGCAAGGACAGGGAGAUUUGAAAAAGAAGAAGAAAAAAAAGAAAGGAAAGCUGCCUAAGAAUUAUGACCCAAAGGUGACCCCAGAUCCAGAAAGAUGGCUACCAAUGCGAGAACGUUCUUACUACCGGGGAAGAAAGAAGGGUAAGAAGAAGGAUCAGAUUGGAAAAGGGACCCAGGGAGCAACGGCAGGAGCUUCAUCUGAACUGGAUGCCAGUAAGACUGUGAGCAGCCCACCCACCUCCCCACGACCUGGCAGUGCAGCAACAUCGGCUGCAUCUACAAGUAAUAUCAUACCCCCAAGACACCAGAAACCUGCAGGCGCUCCAGCAACAAAAAAGAAACAGCAACAGAAAAAGAAGAAAGGUGGAAAAGGUGGCUGGUGAUUGGAACAUUCUUGUUUCCAAGCUAUUUUUAGUCUCACUGACACUAGGAACAUAAUAAAGGUAACACAGCAAGAAACACAGAGUUCCUCCCUCACCCAUCACCCACAUUUUCAUAAAAUUAUUUUCUCAUGCAUCAAACAGGAAAACAUCUUCCUCAGACUCUGCCUAGUCAGACUCAGCCUACUUGUACUACCUAGCUUUGCACAGAUGAUAAGCCCUCAAAAUAAUGGGCCAUUUUCCCACCUUGAUCUCUGUUGCAUCCUUUCUCUUUGUGUGCUGAUCUGGUGUUUUUUCAGUUUCACAAACAAGGCAUGUUAUCCAAAGUUUCCUAGGACUUAAACAGAAACUACUUCUGUUUCAAUUAGAGUCUGAAGAUACUUGUUCCUACCAAAGCCCAUUUUAAAUUAUGUCUUAGGAGGCCUUAGGAGACUGAAAGUGGAAUCUUCUUAGCAUUCCAAAUAAAUAACUGCUUAGAAAUAUCAUGUGAUAAAAAGGGACCUUAUUAAUACACUGGUGUUCUUCACUUCAUUACAUAAGUGGCCACAGGAAAACUAAAGUAAAUGUCAUGAUUAAUUCUAACUAUAAAUUCUCUGUUACAUGAUACUGGAAUAUGGGAUACUACAUAUACUAUAUAUGUUAAAUAUAUAUAUAUAUAUAGUAAUGAAAAGUGUGUGGGUGUGUAUAUGUACAUAUAUAUACACAAGUACACACAUAAAUAUAAAUGAAGACUUCUUUGCACCCCAGUAUUGUUUUCAUAUUAUGAUAACAUUUUGCUGAUUUAUCACCAUUAAAGAACUCAAGGAAAUGUAUCAAUGUUGCAAGAAGUUGACUCCUAGACUCAGUGGUUCUGAGGUCAGAUGGGUUUGGACUGUUUCAGUCAGAAAGAUUUAAUGGCCCUGUCAAGAGCUCAAACAUUGACUUCUGAAGUAGAGAGAAAAUCCACCAGAGUUCAGUAGCAGGCAGUAUUAGAACUUAACAGAACUGUUUGGCCCAGUUAAUAGAUACUGAAAUGACUCCCCUUCAUUCAGAGUACAUGCAUUCAUUACCCUUCUCAAAGUAAUGAAGUAUUAUACAGUCAGUCUGGUGUCAGUGUUGCUCUGGUCUUUCCUCACCUAUAAGCCACUUUCCCAUUGAACAGCUGUGAGACAGACACACUGGGAUGCCCACCCUUGUGAGUAUUCAUUUUGUGCUGCCCAAGAUAGCAUUGAAUCUAGACUUUGAGUAUUUCUUUAUGAUCAUAUUACUUUGUCCUUAUUAAUAAAGUGCUGCUGUGUUUGACUCUGAACAUAUCAAAACUUUCUCAAAGAGAUUUUUAAAAGGCUUUCUUCCUCCUUUACAAAAGUAAGAAAUGUGGUGCUGCCUUUCUGUUUAGCAUAAUCAGAAUCUGCAGUAACAUCUAAACAAGAGACCCUCAUAUAUGAAUGAUUUAUUAUGGCAUAAUACUUUUUGAGCUCAGAGAAUACUCUUGGUAAGAGUGAUGUACUUAUUCCUUCUGAAUAUAUACCCCAUUACAGGAAUAAUUGUUAGUAAAUUUGUUAUUUAGGAAUCCAUUAAACUUCUGUGGUGAAGGAUAAUCAUUUUUAGGUUAACUGAGCUACAGAAUUUUGUUGAAAAUUAUCCAUCGUUGAAAAUUUUGACCCAAUGCACCAAAAAGUGAAAUUUACAUUUCUCUACUUAGUCACUGUAAUUGCUAGUCACUGUCAUUACCAGCCAUUACUAAGCAACUGAAACCUCAGUUUAAAUAAAUUAUAAUUGUCAAAUGAAGUGUAAACAUCUACAUUAAAUUUCUAGUAAUUGUU